AUCACGGGCGGCGCCGUCGCUUUUAACGAACGGAGCUGGAUUUGAAAUGCUGUCGAGUCCACAAGGACUGUAUUGCCAGAGAAGGACACAGAGGGGGCUGGUAGAGACGGGCGUUGGAGGGGGGUUAGGACUGGCUGACAAACAAAAUACACAGCGCUUUUUGCACACUUUUUUUUAUUAACAUUAAAGCGUCUCGGGGUUGAGUUAGAGCAGCCUCUCCGUAUGAGUCUACAUCGAGCCGAUUGUCUUCUGCGGGGAAAAGUUUUGAUUUGAAUUUCUAUGCGGCUCGGAGAAAGGGUAGUAGCUGUAAGACUUGGCCUGUGUCCGUUGGUGUGUAGUUCUGGAUCUGCCUUUUUUUAAAAAAAAAAAUCGAUAUAAGUACAAGUCUCGGUAGGUUCUGUACAGAGGGCUGAGGUUACAUUAAUAUAUUCAAACGCUUAACUUUCGAAAUGAGCGCCGCCGCCGUAGCAGCGAAGGCGAUGAAGCCGUCAGUGCAGGUUGACCCCAAGUCGGCCCCGCUAAAGGAGGUCCCCGAUAUUUUGGUGGACACCCGGACCAAGAAGAGGUACCUCCGGGGCCGGUUUCUGGGGAAGGGGGGGUUCGCGAAGUGCUACGAGAUCACAGAUAUGGACACCAAGGAGGUCUUCGCUGGGAAGGUCGUCCCCAAGUCCAUGUUACUGAAGCCGCAUCAGAAAGAGAAAAUGUCCAUGGAAAUCACGAUCCACAAGAGCCUGAAUAAUGCCCACGUCGUCGGGUUUCACGGCUUCUUCGAGGACGAGGACUUCGUGUACGUGGUCCUGGAGAUCUGCCGGAGACGGUCUCUGCUGGAGUUGCACAAGAGGAGGAAGGCGGUGACUGAGCCGGAGGCCCGGUAUUAUAUGAGGCAGACUAUUGUGGGGUGCCAGUACCUCCACAACAACAGAGUGAUCCACAGAGAUCUCAAGCUGGGGAACCUGUUUCUGAACGACGAGAUGGAGGUCAAGAUAGGCGAUUUUGGCCUGGCCACGAAGAUCGAGUACGAUGGCGAGCGAAAGAAGACUCUGUGCGGCACGCCGAACUACAUCGCCCCCGAGGUGCUGUGCAAGAAGGGCCACAGCUUUGAGGUGGACAUCUGGUCACUGGGCUGCAUCCUCUACACGCUGCUGGUGGGGAAGCCGCCCUUCGAGACCUCUUGCCUGAAGGAGACGUACAUCCGCAUCAAGAAGAACGAAUACACCGUCCCACGGGUGAGAGGGCCUGAGAGUCCUGCGGACAAGCUGGGCAAGAUGGAGCCGAAGGAAGAGCCCCAGGAGGGACUGGAGUCUCCUGAUUGCUACCUAAAUGAACUCCUGGAGCAGCUUUCCCUGGUCAAUGCAGCCAAGCCUUCGGACAGGGUCCUAAUUCGCCAAGAGGAAGCAGAGGACCCUGCCUGUAUCCCCAUCUUUUGGAUUAGCAAGUGGGUGGACUACUCUGACAAAUACGGUCUAGGCUACCAGCUGUGCGACAACAGCGUGGGCGUGCUGUUCAACGACUCGACGCGGCUCAUCAUGUACAACGAUGGCGACAGCCUGCAGUACAUCGAGAGAAACAACUCUGAAUCCUACCUCAGCGUGCGCUCCUAUCCCGCCAUGCUCACUAAGAAGGUCAGUCCAGCCCUGAGAGGAUGAUACCUGCCUCUCAAAACCGUAGAGCAAUUUAGGCACGUGCUGCAACCCGCCAGAGUAACUGCUUCUUGGAUUUUGAAUUUCAGGUACAGGAAUAAUGAGAGUUUUUACACUUUAGCAUUUAAGAAGAGUAAAUGGUAUCUACCUAGAAGCAAAUUACAAAUGACGGUCUGUUUGGGUCUUGCCAAGUUAAUUCAUUUUUCAGACCACACCAAGCUGAUCCUCUGCCCGCUGAUGGGGGCGGUGACGUACAUCGACGAGAAGAGGGAGUUCCGCACGUACAAGCUCAGCCUGAUCGAGGAGCAUGGCUGCUGCAGGGAGCUGGCCAGCCGGCUGCGCUACGCGCGCACCAUGGUGGAGAAGCUGCUGGCCUGCAAGUCCACCGGCCUGCGGAAACCCGCUGCCCCCCCAGAGCGGGCCUGAGGUCCACCUCCAGCCCUGCACCCACCCUGUAAAUAAACCCACCCCCCCGGUAUUUUAUUAAAGACUUCUCCAGAGGUCUGCAAGACUACUGUUGGCCAAAGGGUUCUAUUUCUCACGACUGCAUCCCUCUCUCUCUCCUUUUGCUAUGACAAAAGGAUGGAUUUAAGUUUUUAUUGCAACACAGAAUUUUGUACAGGUGAAUGCACAUUUUAUUCAUGGUUCCAGGGUUCAACAAGUUCAAGCAGUAGCACACCUGCUGUUAAUCAAGUCCUAGAGGAUAUAAUAUUAUGUACGCCAUUUGGAGGUCUGUUCAGUCUUUUACUCGGGAGUCUUAUGUGUUUUUUUAGAUGUCUGUCCUCUUGUACAAAUCUCCGCUGUAUAAAACAGUUCUGUGAAUGGGAUACUAUGGUAUGUUUACAACUUUAUCGUCUCUUGUUAUAUAUCAAGUAAAUAAAGAUUCUUUACAAAACUCUUUAA